CCGCCCGGGCUAAAGUUUUGCGCGCUCUUCCUACGGAUUAUAUACGACGCCGUUUACAAAGGGUCGAUUCGACUUCAUAGGGAGCGAUUCAAAUGCGAUUUUGGGAUUGUUUUCGAAGCAAUUUCUAGCAAAAGAAACUUCCACCGAGCGAAUUGAAUCUUCAUUACAAGUACUAACUUCUUUCUGGUAGAUAUGGCUGGACCCAGUCGUCGGAAACGAGUCACUCAGUCUACCCAGUAUUUGGUUUACAACAACGUAGUUGGCCGUAGGUCAAGAUCCAUUCACAGGCAACCACAAUUCAACCUUGCAGAGUUUAUCGAGGCUAGACAGAGGUUUGAGCAGCUAGAGGAGCAGUUGCAUGCCAUGCGUGAGCACAUGCAGCAGCAGUUUCAUGCCAUGCGAGAGCAGGCUCAGAUUCACCAGGCACAGAUACAGGAGCAAAAGAGGUCUAUUAGCUCUUUGCAGUCCCAGCUCACCACUCUAACCUUAUUGGUGGAGAAGCAUUUGGCCACUCAGACCCCAUCUCCUGGUGCUACUCAUCUUACUUAGUAUUGUAUUGAUUGGUAUUUUGGAUUCCCAUUUCUAUCUUAAUGUGUUUAUGUCUAGAAUAUUUCAGCAAUGAAAUUUGCUUAGUUAGGGGACACGCUUUUUGGAUAGUCUUUCUAUUUAUAUUUCUUCCAUGUAUGAAUGCGUGGACAAUUUAAUACUUGGAUUACUAUAUACCAAAUAGAUGUUUUUUGUGUUUUUAUGUUUUA